AUGGGGAACCAGAAGGCAGGUGCCAACUUGUGGGGGGAGGGGCAGGUAGCAGACUUCUCACUUAAGGAGGUGGAGAGCGCUGCUGGGCCAGAGCCAGUCUCCCCCUCCCUCUCCGAAUGCCCUCCGGGCGCCCAGACCCGCUGCUGCCCUGUCAAUGCAGUUGGUCUCGGGGAAGCCCCGGGUGACUCCUCUUCCCCGUCAUUCCUGGGGGGCGAAGGAGAGCCCCCCCACCGCCUCUGUGCUAAGCCGCCAAGCCGGGGUGUUCUGCGGGCUUCCCCGUCCCAGCCGGCCGGGAGAGAGGAGCGCCUCCUGGGGGUCCGCCCCCCGCCCCGCACCACGCGGGCGGGCGGGCGUGGGGGCCGUGGGGAGGAGGGGCUUGGCAGGCCAGCUGUCGGGGGCCGCGCUUCCUGUGCCUGGCCCGCGGCUCCCUCCCGGGCGCGUUCCAGCCGGCCUGCCCGCUGCCUCUCUCCCUCCCUCCCCGCCUUGCUCCCGGGGCUCGUCCGGUCGCUGCCGUCUGUGGGAGCCAGAUGGGGCGCGGGCGGCGCCUGGUCGGGCGCGGCUCCCGGCAGGGCGGCGGGGGCUUCAGAUGACCGCGCGCGGCGGCCGCUGCCUUCCCUACCCGGCGGCAUGAAGAGCCCGUCGCUGCUGCUGCGGGGCCAGCCGGAGGAGGCGGCGGCGGCGGCGGCAGCGAGUUGGCAGCGUCUCUGCCUUCACCAGCUGCGCGGCGGCGGAGGGGUGGUGGGGAAGCUGCCGCGGCACAGCUGCCCAGAGGAGCCCCCCCGACGAUCCCUCCGCGCCUGCGGCCGCCUGCGCCGCGCCGAGCCUAAGGAGCGGGCGCACGUGGUGGUAGUGGGCGGCGGCGGGGGGCCACGGGCCGGGACCCCCGCGACAGAGGGCCAGGGCAGGAAGGCGGCGAGCGCGGCGGGGGUGGCCGGGAUGGCGGCAGAAGAGGAGGAGGAGGAGGGCCAGGUCUUCGCGGGCGUCUACCCGCCGCCGGGGCCCCCCCGCCACGAGGCCUGCCCGUCGCCCCGGAAGCGCCUGGUGGAGCCCGGCGGAGGCGGCGGCGCGGAGGGGAGAGCCCUGCAGCAGACGCGGCGCCUCCUGGCCAACGCCCGCGAGAGGACCCGCGUGCACACGAUCUCCGCCGCCUUCGAGGCGCUCCGGAAGCAGGUUCCCUGUUAUUCUUAUGGGCAGAAGUUGUCCAAGCUGGCCAUCCUGAGGAUAGCGUGUAACUACAUCCUCUCCUUGGCUAGACUGGCUGACCUGGAUUACAGCGCUGACCACAGUAACCUGAGCUUCUCAGAAUGUGUGGAGCAAUGCACCAGAACCUUGCAGGCAGAAGGCAGGUCUAAAAAAAGAAAGGAGUGAUCAUUUCAAAGGCUGACUAUUGAUCCCUAUGUUGCCAAACUACCCAUCGUCCAGUUGAAAACAAGAAGCUGCUCUUGGAAGACAUCUUUUUUUCAAGAUGGAGGCUAACAAUGGAAACCAAAUGUGGGAAACCUCCCCAAGAGGAUGCUGAUGCUGUCGUCUUAAAUCAUUUUCUUUUUAAGCCAACUACACUUUAGUUUGUGCAGUGUACUGAGCACUUUCCCCUUUGCUUCCAUAGGAAAUAUUAUUGCAGCUCAUAGUGGGCUGAAAUGUCAUUAUGGAUGCCAAAGAUCUGAUGGAGUUUCUCUACUCUUCCCAUAAUCCAGAGGAAGUGAUCUACUGUUGGAAACAGGUUCCCACAUUUUUCGGGAUGUACAUCAUAAAUUAGAUUAGCAUCUCAAUCUACAUCUUAAUGCACAAGUCGCCUGUUGUUUUUCAUGGGAUGCACACUUGAAUUCACUCUUUGGAUAGGAAUGGGAAUGUGCACCCCAUUGAAAGUAAUGCAGGAUGGAUCAAUUACACUUGUACUCAGAUACACAUCUCUAAAAUGAGAUGGCAUGUAUGUAGGAGAUUCACAUUUUGACUGGGACAUCCAUCAGUCACAAAACGAAUCCUUCUGUGUUUUCUAUUGAGCUCACCUCCAUGGAGCAGAUAUACCUGAAGCACUGGAAUCCAUAUAUGCAGAAGAAGCAACUACGAUGUACCAAUGUUGACUCCAUAGCCUUCAGUAAGCUCACUUUUUCACAUGCGAAAUGGUGAGAAAAUCAAUGGGAAAAAAACCUCUUUCAGAAUAUUUUAAGUGCCAUUUAACCCAAGUAAUUAAAUAGUGUGUAUAUGUAAAAUAUAUAUAACAAAUAGGCAGGACAUAAAGUAGUAGAACUUAUUCCAGAAUUGUUUGUGAAGUCACAUUUUGGAAUUUAGAAAUAUUAACCUAUGUAAUGCAAAGGCAUUUGGAUUCUAUAUUGUAUUUUCACUUCAAAUUGAAGUAAAAAAGUAUGGAGAAACUCA